AUGCAAACAACGAAUGAUGAACAUCUGGCGGCUGACGAGACUGACACCGAUGGCUCAUCGGUGAGCAAUGCAAGCCUGGCUUCGUCUACAACGAGUGUGACCAGUUCUAUUCUGGAGUAUCGUAUUGAAAAUGGGCGAACCUACCACAAGUAUAAGGACGGCAAGUACGCCGCCCCUAACGACGAGAGAGAAAGUGAUCGCCUUGACCUUCAACACAAUUUGUUCAUCCGGACGUUUGAUGAUCGACUCGGUAGUGCGCCACCAAACGAUCGAGACGCAAAGGUCGGCAGAGUUCUCGACAUCGGCACCGGAUCCGGAAUCUGGGCCAUUGACUUUGGCGACGAACACCCAGAAUCCGAGGUCAUUGGUGUUGAUCUGUCGGCGAUACAGCCUCUAUUCGUGCCACCGAAUGUGCAGUUCGAAAUUGACGACAUCGAGGAGCCGUGGCUGUUCUCGAGGCCCUUCGAUUACAUCCAUAGUCGCAUGAUGACGGGCAGCAUCAGAAACUGGAGACAAUUCCUCCAGAACUGCUUCGAUAACCUCAACCACGGCGGCUACCUUGAGCUCAACGACAUCGACGCCGUACCCGUCUCAGACGACGGGACCCUCACGGAGGAAACCUCGCUGAUGAAAAGCGUUCGUCUCUGCUGUGAAGCGAUCGCCAAGUUAGGGGUCCCCUACGAGCAUUUCAGCCGUUUCGAGGGCGUUCUCAAGGAGAUUGGCUUCGAAGACGUGCACAUCCAGCGAUUCAAAUGGCCCACCAACAGUUGGCCCAAGGAUAAGAAGCACAAGGAGAUUGGGAUCUGGAACUACGAGAACUUUGCUCCUAAUUGGGAGGGCUUUCUUAUGGCGCCGCUGACCCGAGCUCUCGACUGGACGAAAGAAGAGGUCAUUAUCCUCGCCAUGGAGGCUCGGAAAGACUUUGCGAACAGGAACAUUCAUGCUUACUAUAACAUGUGGGUUAUUCUUACUAUCCGGCUUAUCAUUGAGCUAACUUGA